AUGUUACCUUUUGAACCCUCCUCAAAGCAUUCUACUCCAUUUUUAUCUAUCAGUGAUGUCAGACGAUUCUUCAAUCUCUUGGAAAACGACAUUGCGUCGCAGCUUCCUGAGCUGAAGAAGCUCUUGUCUGUGCUGAGAGAGAAUAGAGUUAAAGGCUACAAAGGUGGUGAUUGUGGACCAAGAGAUGUGUAUCUUGUUGGGACAGGACCAGGAGAUCCUGAACUUCUGACUCUUAAAGCUGUCAGAGUUAUUCAAAGUGCCGAUCUUUUUCUUUACGACAGGCUUCUCUCCAAUGAUGUCUUGGAGUUGGUUGCUCCUGUUGCUAGGCUUCUUUAUGUCGGCAAAACCGCUGGGAUUACUGCAGCAUCAGGGAUAGCAGCAGAGUUGGGGAUUCCACUAACACAUCGCGGUGUUGCAACUAGUGUGAGGUUCCUCACGGGACAUUCUAGGAAAGGAGGGACCGACCCUUUGUUUGUUGCAGAGAAUGCAGCUGACCCGAAUACAACACUUGUCGUUUAUGUGGGCUUGGGAACGUUACCUUCUCUAGCGCAAUAA